ACCGUUUCAGGUUUCGAUAAAUACGAAGUCAUUAACGAAGAUGGCCCCCACGGGUUGAAGUCAAGCUUCGCCAAUGAACAAGACGAAGUUUUCGAUACCUUUGCACAUGACCUCCACUCAGCCUCUAGUCGGGAGAGCUUGCAUUCAAAUGCCCGAUCUCGAGUAACCAGCUGGACAAACUCAAGCACGACCGGGUCUGUCGCGAUGCGUUCUGGACCACUUGACCGAAAUCGGCUUUCUGUCAUCAAAGAGGAUGGAGGACCACACCAGCCCUCGUCUUCAGCCGGACGUCACAUUGGUGGUGUCAGUCUCUUCCAAGAGCCUCUACAGUCAACAACAAGUGAAGGGCGACCAUUACUUCCCAUCGACAGUCAGCGCGUCUACUCGGCUUUGAUCAAAAGAAUCGAACAAGAAGAAGCUGAGAUUGAGAAAACAACAGCGGCCCUGGAAGCUGUAAAUCUGGGGCAUAGAAUUCACACAACCUCAUCAGUCCCUCUGGGCACCACUAUCCGUAUGGUGAAAAGCGAACCAUCCAUAAGUGAUGGAGCUUGCUCAAUUAUGCAGCAAGACCUAGGUGAUGAGAUCUUGUCGCGAGUCUCACCCAACGAAGCUCCAGCGCUUAAGCAGUCCGGGGAGGGAAUGAACGGAGCUGAACGGCACCUUUCAAAACGGGAUCUAUGCCCACCCUUCUACCCCUUUUCUUUCCCAGAGAGGUCAGCACGCUCCAGUCCAUUUCAGAAAUUAUUUAGCGAAAGACACAAGUACAAUGGCGGCAGUGUCUCCAGUCGAGACGACGGCAGCAUAUUGGUCAAUCGACAGUUCAAGGCUCGCAGAUUCGGCCGAACACGUUACGGCAGUAGUAGUGAAAGUAUAUACUCACGAGCAACAAACGGGUUGUCCGACGAAGACUACAUUUCCGCGAAUGGAAGUUCUGCGAGCGUGGUACUGCCUCCAACCCGGCUCUCAAAGUCUAGAUCUAUGAUAGAACCAAUGCAUACAAUGCGGAUUGUUCCGAGAUCGACCUCUACGCUUGUCUCAGGUACCAAAAUUGCUACAAGCACAUCUGAAUCCGAGACUAGUUCGGGCGCAAGGGAUGUUAGCAUUGGAAAUCAUGUUCGAGAGCAAGCUCAAAUACAUUCCGAGGACGGUAUGAACAGAAUCAACCGGAUCACUUCAGAGUCUGGGCUCGAUAUCAGAAGCAAAUCAGACGUAGUAGGAUUGGGCGUCCGUGACCCGAAUCUGGGAUACAUGACCAGCCGUCGUGGUACCGAUCUUCGCACAGGCACCAGUGCCAGCGCUAGGAUGAAGACCUUGUUCAAGCGUGUUGCUUCUGAUAAGUUGCGCAAUCCGACUCAACGUCCCAGCCUCGAGGACAAACCAAGCAAUUAUGUGGACGGUAAAGCUCAACGACUACAGUCUGACUUGCCAAUUGUUCAAGCUGCUCUUCUGCAGGCGGGAAGUGAGGGCAACAAUAAAGAGAACCGGUCAAUCGACCAGAAUAGCAGUCCGCCCCUGAGCACCCCCGGCCGCUUACAGCUGCAGUCGAGGAAUGGCAGUAAAAAUGGACACCUCAAGAAACGAGCCAGCGAAGUUCUGUUCAAUCCGCGCAAAGAAACCCAUUCCACUCCGACGAGUAACCCUCGGACAGUGUCCAGGACGUUCAGUGACGCUGAAGAAAGCCCAGCGCAGAGAGCCAAAAGUCGAUUGGUUGCGAGGCUGAGUCGCCCGUUUGACAUGGACGUCCCACCACACAAUAGACCAUUUGACAGUAUGUAUCUUGGCAAAAGAACUCCUGGACAUGCGGAUACCGUUGGAAAUAGCCGUUUGAGUGUUGCACCUCGAGCUUCCAAAAGUUAUGGGGGUUUGAGAAUGGCAGUUGUAGAGAUCGGAGGUGAUACCGAGCUAGCCAAAACUUCUUCGUCCUCAUCAAUCUCCCGAAAUGCAUCCAAAGUGAUAGGGUUAUUUGGGAGUAAACGGAUGGUCAGCAAUUUUCUCAAAAGUCGCAGGGGGGAGAGAAGUAUCAGCGCCGACGAGCGAGCUCCAUUUGGUGGAAGCCCCGCCUUCGUUUGA